UCGUGUUCCUGUCAGCAGAGGAUUUUGCAAAGCACAGAAAAAUGUGUGACCAGCAGAAGCAGGUGCAGUUCCCUCCAUCUUGUGUGAAAGGUUCGGGACUGGGAGUUGCACAAAGUUCCCAAGUUACCACUGUGAAAUGCCCAGCUCCAUGCACGACUAAAACCUGCGUAAAAUGCCCAGCUCCGUGCACAACUCAAACCUGCGUGAAAUGCCCAGCUCCAUGCCAGACAACCUAUGUGAAAUGUGCAGCUCCCUGCCAGACGUAUGUGCAGUGCCCAGCUCCAUGCCAGACAACCUAUGUGAAAUGUGCAGCUCCCUGCCAGACGUACGUGAAGUGCCCAGCUCCGUGCCAGACGACCUACGUGAAAUACCCGACUCCCUACCAGGCCCAGACAUACUAUGUCCAGUACCCUUCUUCCCAGAGCUACUACAUUCAGUCUUCCGCAAGUGGCUCGGGCGCCUCGUGCUGUGUCCCUGAUCCAUGCUCUGCUCCCUGUUCCACCAGCUACUGCUGCCUGGCUCCCCGGACCUUCGGGGUGAGCCCCCUCAGGCGGUGGGUCCAACGGCCUCAAAACUGCAACUCAGGUUCAUCUGGCUGCUGUGAGGAUUCUGGCUGCUGUGAGGAUUCUGGGUGCUGCUGCUGCUCCGGGUGCUGCUCUGGGAUCUGCUGUCUGGGAAUUAUUCCCAUGAGGUCAGAAGGUCCUGCGUGCUGUCAUCGCGAGGAUGACUGCUGCUGUUAAAUACAGAAACACAGCUCUGCUCCCAAACUCAAUGCCUGCUUUACCUUCAGAACCUUCACCAGCCCUGCCUGCUCUCUGUCUUCCCAGUGAUGUAGAACUUCAUGGCUUCACCUCCACACUUGGCUUCUUUAUCAAGGCAGCCUGCCAGAGUUAGCGCAACCCCCAAACUUUGGCAAGAAUAAA